UUUUUUUUUACUUCCGAGUGACCUUUAUUCCCCGAUUCAUUUCGCUUGAAAAGAAAUAUUCUAAGAAUAGUUCACCGGCCGAAAACUUAAGCUAAGGCCAUGAUCAAAGGUUCAGCGAUUGAAGAAAAACCAUGGCAGCUGUCUAUUCAGGUGGAUCAGAAACACGGCGACGAGUCCAUGAAAUUCAAACUCAGCGUGACAGGCGACUUGCACAUCGGAGGACUCAUGCUUAGGCUGGUGGAAAAAAUUAAGACUCAGCAGGACUGGUCCGAUCAUGCGCUGUGGUGGGAACAGAGGAAAUGCUGGCUGCUCAAAACUCACUGGACAUUGGACAAAUGUGGGAUCCAGGCUGAUGCCUUUCUGCGCUACACUCCCCAGCACAAACCACUGUUGCUACAGCUGCCCAAUAUGAAAACCAUCAGAAUGACGGUCUCCUUCUCCAGUAUGGUGUUCAAGGCGGUGGAGGAAAUCUGCAGAAUUCUCAAUAUCAGAAGAUCAGAGGAACUCUCUCUGCUGAAGCCUCCUGAGGAUUGGAGCAAGAGGAAAAAGAAGAAAGACAAGAACUCUCCUGAGGAGGACAUCUGGGACAUAUGGGACGCACUUAACGUAGGACAGGGAGGAACAGGCCCUAUGUACAAUAAGACGAUGACGGCAACCUAUGACCCAGAGAACGGGAUGCCCAUGUCUGCCACCAGCCUAUGGUUUGGAGAAAACCCCUUAGCUGAGUCUCAGCCAAACCUACCACCUGCGGAACUGAGCAAGAUAUACAAGCCGCUGUCGCAUGUGGACAAAGCAGAGAACAACGCAGGGUGGCUCGACUCGGCUCGCUCACUCAUGGAGCAGGACAUUCAGGAUGACGACAAGCUGUUACUUCGCUUCAAGUACAAUGUCUUCUUUGAUCUCAACCCUAAAUAUGAUGCUGUCAGGAUAACCCAGCUGUAUGAACAGGCCCGGUGGGCCAUCAUGCUGGAGGAGAUAGACUGCACCGAUGAGGAAAUGCUGAUGUUCGGUUCUUUACAGUAUCACAUUUGCAAACUGACCAUGUCAACUGAGCCGCUGGAGAACUCCAGUGAGCCAGAAAUCGAUGAAGUAGAGGCUGCCCUGUCUAACCUGGAGGUGACACUUGAAAGUGGACACACGGACCGAAUUCUGGAGGACAUUACAGACAUUCCAAAGCUGGCAGACACCCUGCGGCUAUUCAGGCCCAAAAGAUUGACCCUGCGACCAUACAAAGAGUACUGGUUUGUGUUCAAGGACACCACUAUCUCCUAUUUUAAGAGCAAGGAAGCCGCCAGCGGAGAACCAAUCGAGCAGUUGCAACUCCGAGGAUGUGAGGUGGUCCCAGAUGUCAAUGUCACAGAGAAAAAGUUCGGCAUCAAACUCCUGCUUCCAGUCGCCGACGGGAUGAAUGAAGUGUACAUCCGAUGCGAUAAUGAAACACAAUAUGCUAAGUGGAAAGCUGCAUGUAUCCUAGCCUCUAAAGGCAAAACAAUGGCAUACAGCUCCUACAAGACAGAAGUGAAAAACAUCCAGUCUUUUUUGCAAAUGAAGAGCCUGGCGCCCCCGCCUGGUCAGGCGACUCCAGACCUUGAUGCCAUGGAAAUGAAUGCAGAAUGUUUCGUUUCCCCUCGCUAUUCCAAGAAGCACAAGACCAAGCAGCUGACAGCACGGAUCCUGGAGGCCCAACAGAACAUAGCAAAGCUGUCCUUGAUGGAGGCCAAGUUGCGCUUUAUUCAGGCCUGGCAGUCUCUUCCAGAAUUUGGCAUCAACUACUACAUUGUCAAAUUCAAAGGUAGCAAGAAGGAUGAAAUUCUGGGGAUUUCAUAUAACCGCAUGAUUCGUAUUGACAUGUCCUCUGGCAUGCCUGUCACCACAUGGAGGUUUGCCAACAUGAAGCAAUGGAACGUCAACUGGGAAAUAAGACAAGUGACCAUAGAAUUUGACCAGAACGUGGUAAUAGCCUUCUGCUGUGUGAGCUGCGACUGCAAGGUGGUCCAUGAGUUCAUUGGUGGUUAUAUCUUCCUCUCCACACGUUCAAAAGACCAGAAUGAAACACUAGAUGAAGAACUGUUCCUUAAACUUACUGGAGGCCAAGAAUGACCCAAGAAAUACAUGAUUGUCCGUUUUGUACUGAAGUUCUUGUUCACAUUAGCAUGAAACUACCACUACAAUAUUAACUAUAAGCCUUGAACAAACUACUGCAAAAGAAAACAGUCGGCAUCACAGACACAUAUUGUCCUUCACAGAACCAUUUAGUGGGUUUUGCCACUUUUUUUGUCAUUUAUGCACAAAAUAAUGAUGUCAAUGUAAUUAUGUUUGGAUUGUCUUUCUAAAACGUGGAUGAGCUGAUGUGUAAGAAGCUAGCUCUUUUUUAAUGUCAAAUAUUUCUUAAAGUGACAAAAUUUGAAAACAUUGCAGAGCCUUAAGUUGAAUUAUGUUCCAUUCUUCCUCAAAAUGUGUUUAUUUCCUUUUAUUAAUCAGUUUUGUUGAGCUGUGUUUACAAUGAUGAAAUAUAAAAUGUCUUCUACUACUUACUAUGAAACAGAU